AUGACGAGAGGCUCUCCAGCGAUAGCGCCGACAGUGGACUUAAGCGUGACAACAGUGACAGGGGGCUUAACGGCGACGACGGCGAAGCAAGAGAAAACAACCAUGCCUUCUCCAAUCCUGCCUUGUUGCACUGUUCGGCAAAGCCCUUUCAGCGAUGAUCCUAACUGGUUCUACACAAUCCAUAGACCAUUAGGCAAUUUGGAUCUCAGCCGCCUUGGACCUAACAGUCAUCCACCUCCUCCUUCACUCACAAUUGAUUUAAACUUUGGCAGUCAGAUGAUCUCCAAUUCCAUUAAUUUUGACGAACAUGGACUCAUAUUAACAACUGAAACAAAGAGAUUCAUGUUGGAUAUCCAGGAAUUCAAUCAGAGAUUCUCUGCAGAACUGGCCAUAAACACUAUGUUCAUGAACACCUCAACCGGAGCAGCAUUGUCCGUUGAAAGGUGUCAAUUAAUGGUAUCUGAUAUCGCUGAUUUUAUGCUGACCUUUGUCCGGUAUGGUAUCUGUGCUGCGUAUAAUGAUAUCUUCAUCAACUUGGAAGUGGUGGAUCUUGUGCAAGAUGAGGAUUUGAAUGGGAUUCUCCAGGAAUCAUUUGAAGAAUCUGAAUUUAGUAUUGCUUGUCCAGCAUCACAGGUGCUUUUGGAGAGCUUGGUGACUGAGGUGUUCCUUGAUGAAGAAGAAGAGGUGAGCUGCAUGAUAUGUUUAGAAGAGCUUGUUGCUGGCACUGAGGUCAAACGUUUGCCAUGCUCUCAUGUUUUUCAUGGAGAUUGCAUUGAUGGUUGGUUUGCUCGGAGAGAUUCUUGCCCGCUCUGUAGAUUCACGUUGCAUGCUUGA